UUCAUCUCAAAAUUAUGUCACCUUUUUCACUCUCAUUGUUGCAAACGUAAAAUCACAUACAAGAGAUUCUUUCUUUAACAGUAUUCUUUCCUCUCUCGACAGUCUCCUACUCCAUUAAUUAUGAAUCCCAAGAUCCUACCCAUUCUUCCAUUUUCAUUAUUUAAUUCUCCUGUUUUACACUCAGUAGAAGUGGAGAAGAGAACCCGUUUCCAAAUUCCAAUGCCGCUGCAGAAACAUGGAGUUGUGACCAAGAUGAAUGUUGUGGAAGCUCCAUCUACACAUGGUCAUGGUCGACCCAUUUUCAGCUUCAGUUUCGGGUCAAGAAAGAACCUCCCUUCAAAAUGGGAUAAUGCUGAGAAAUGGCUCAUUAAUGGCCAUGAAUCCCCUGCUCGUGGUUUAAUAAAGUCUGCAGCUUUUGCUCCAAAACAACAGGAUGAAAAAGUAGGGGCGUUUUCUGAUGAUGAGAAAAGGGUCACAAGAGCAACUUGUAUUUUUCAAGGUCCAAAAACUGUAUUUUUGGGCCACCACCAUUGCAGCUCUGAUAUGCUUCUAAAAGAUAAGUUUGCAGACGAGGUAGAACCCAUGGAGGUGCUUCUGGAGGCCAAAAAAACGGAGACAGAUAUGACUCUAGCUGGCAGCUCCACCAUCUCACGGUGCUCUACGCCGUUGAAAAGCCGGUCUCCGCCACGACAUAACACCCCUACAACUAUAGGCCCGUUGGGGUUGACGAAUCAGAGCAGUUCCUUGGACAUUGGCCACAUACAGGAGUGGCAUUUAGCGAAGCUUCAGCCAAGGACGACACUAUUUGACAUCAUUACUUCCAAAUGGAGCUCGAGGGAGGAAGAAGAAGAAGAAGACAUAUCGAAGAGGCUGGGAUAUUUUGAGAUGAAGGAUGAAAGUCUAGAAAAUAUUCCAGGGCCUAGACCUAGUGCUUGGGAAGAAAAAGAGAAGUCUGAAUACUGCAUAAGGUAUCAAAUGGAGGAAGCAAAGAUUCAAGCUUGGGUAAACCUCGAAAAAGCGAAAGCAGAAGCUGAAUCAAGAAAACUGGAGGUAAAGAUUGAGAAGAUGAGAUCGAAACAUGAGGAGAAGUUGAUGAAAAAGAUGAUAGUCGUUGAUAGAAAAGCAGAGGAGUUAAGGGCUGCAGCUGAGCUUGAACACUCUGAGCAGGUUCGAAAGAUGUCCAACAGCUUGAAUCUUAACCAGAGUGCGCAUUUUUCUAGCCACCGUGGUUCAUGUGUUUGCUUCAUCCGUAAUUGACGAACAAGGAAUGGUGAUUUAAAAGGAUAUAUAUGACUUUGUUAUUUAUUUUUUUCUCCGUUAAAGAGAACUGGAACUGACUAACGAACAACAAUAUCUAAUAGCAGUAGAACGUAUCUUGACUCUUGUUCUUUUCCAUACGCAUGUCUUUCUGCUUCGUCUGAUUCAAAGAUUGUUUUGGCUUCCAAUAUCCACUAUUUGUUGCAAAAGUUUAUCAUUGAUUCAA